AUGUUUUGCAAAGACGUUUGCUUAGGGAGCUCAAGUGGGAUAGAUAAACUAAGGACCCUUAGUGACACGCUCAAUGAAAAGGUAGUGGACCAAAUCAAUGGAAAUCAGGAGUUGGUAAUGCUUACUGGGUUUGCUCGCGAAUCCAAUGAGUACCAGUUCAAGAAAUAUAUGCAAGAAAGAAUAUCAGACGUGGAAUCCUGGCAUUGGGUUCUAAAAGAUCUGGUGAAACGAUUAGACGAAGCGAUCGGUGGGUUGAAAUACGAACAUAAUGCUCUGCGGGUAGUCUUGCAAAGAGUGAAGCAAGAAAUUGAGUGUCACUCCAGAGAAGGUUCUCGACCUGGUGCGUUACAUCCCUUGAUGGAUGACGUUGAAGAUGCUGUUAUUAAGGAAUAUAAGUUUCUCCGUGACCAAAAAAAGAUUUUCGAGAAUCUCAUCGAAGAAUUGGACACACAGACCGCGAAAGUGGAGAAAACGAAGAAAAAGAUACAAGCAGAUGUCCAAAAUAAACAACAGACUUUAAAAUUGGAGAAAUCGUGCUCGAGCAAAGAUUAUAGGGACGCAGUUGUUGGAGAAUGGAAAAGAAAGAAAAAGGGAUCUCCAGUAACACACUGGGAGAAACGGUGUGCGGUACUCAAAAGAUCUGGCCUGAAAGCACUUUAUAAUGCAGUCAUUACUCGACAACAGGUUCGCGGCGCAAGAGUACGAUUAUCUAUUGCCGCUCAAGCGUACGCUUCAAAAGUUGACGCUAUGCUGAGGAGAAGACUUCAUACAAACAAACUGAAACUGCAGGGUCUUCAUUGGCAAAGAGAGGAGGCAAUACGAGACUUCAACUCCUUGCAAGACGAGCUGACUAUGGCUGAGAAGGCUGUCAUAGACAGUAUAGAUCAUGAGCGCAUCGCGGCUGCCCGAUUGGCCGAUCGCAACCAAAGACCAGAUAGAGAAAAAACCAAAGACGAAGUAAACAGAAAACUAAGGGCAGAACAAAAUGAACUUCGACAUUUUUCUAAGGAACUAAGGAAUAAUAUUGCUGACAUUACCACUUUACAAAAGAAUAUAUCUGCAGCAAUAACCCACAUAGACAGUUUUGCUGAAGACCUAACACAAGUUAUAGGUUUGGACGAAGAGAGGUUCCGAUGUAGACUCGGAGAGACCGGCAACACUGACAGUGCUAACUCAAACAACAGUGCUGCAAAGGUCACUGCAGCGACAACAAACCCGCCGUCGUCCAAACUAACGGUGAUACAGGAAGAAAAUGAGGAUGAUGAUGAUGAUUAUCCGUUUGACUUUUAACAUCAUGUUACCUAGUAGUUUACAGUGAAUGGCGUAGCUACUCCCAAGCUACGGGGGCCUCGAAUCCUUACAAGAAAAUCGCAAUCGAACUGAAGUUAGAAAAUUUUGAAAACGCAAACAAGCUGAUGCUAAAGUAGCUUAGCGUUUUUAUGUUAUUUGUUUAAAUUUAAUAUCUUUACUAAUAAAACCUAACCAGUUUAGAUAGCAGUGGGGCCCAUUUUUUCAUUUGCACUAGGGCACUUGGUUACCUAACUAUGUCACUGCCUAUUCUGUAAAGAUAGUUUAUGGAAAUGGCAUGUUCAUCUUCGAAACUUUCGCCAAUGGAUAGGGACGUACUUGGCUCUGUAGUGAGCGCGUUAUCUACUGAGUUGUCAGACUAUCAAUUCGUACUCAAUAAUCUCUGGAUUCUCCUCAGAAGACGAGAUUUGGAACUUUGAUCCACCACAAUUCAACAACACGACUCAAUUGAUAAUGGGCUGACUAAUAGUAUGCAUGUGUUUUUUGUUAUACUUACCUACAUAUCUAUCUAUACCCAAGUUAAGGACCUUAUGCACGCCACUGCUAAUCUAUAUUAAUAUUAUAAAGCUGAAGAGUUACUCUGUGUUAAUACCAUAUUUUAUUAACGUCUAGAAAAUAUGUUUUAAUAUUUUAUACUUAAAUUAUAUAUAUUUACAUCAGAACCGUUUCAGCAAUUUUUCAUUUAUUUCUAGCACUAUCACAAUUUGUCUAAAAUGUGUAAAUUUUGUAACUAUUAUUUUAUAUCUGAGUUGUAUACAUUUUUGUAAAAUUAAAAUAAACGAUUAAUGGUACCUAAUCGUUAUACUUAUUUGUAUUUUUAUAUAAUUAUCUAUUUAUCUAAGUAUCUUUAAAUGGAAAAUGUUUGAUCUCUUACGUUAUCUGUAUUUUCUUAGUUAUUCGUUAUUAUAAACAUGAGAAAAUAUAAAUGGAACGGGUGAAAUAGAUUAAAAGUUUUCAUAAAUUUUCACGCAGACGAAGUCGCGGGCGUCCCCUUGUAUUAUAUAAAUAGGUUAGUUCAGUCACCUUAUGGUAGGCGUAGACAUAGUCUUUGUUGUAAUGUAAGGCAACCUUCAACCUUUAGAGCACUUCAUAUCGAUUAGAAAUAUAAUUAUAUCCCCAUUAUAGGUAGCUAGGAAAACUCAGUAGCUGGAAGGGCGUACCAUGUAUUCGCAAAGCAAAUAAAUAAUAAGAACACAAAAAG